UUUUUGGAAAGGGAAUGGGGUUGGAAAAAAUUUCUGUAACGGGGGAGGGUGGAAAAAAAUUUUUUGGAGGGGGAGGAGGUUGGAAAAUUAAAAAAAAAUUUUUGAGGGCUAUGGGUUGAUAAAAAAAUUUUCAAAAAUUUUUGUGAAGGGGGUUUGAAAAAAAAUUUUUCCAAUAAUUUUUUUGAGUGUACUGGGUGGUGGUUGAAUUCUUGGAAAAAAUUUUUUGAUUUCAAUUUUUCAUUUAACUACAAAAUAUCUUUGAUUUUUUCAGAUUUUUAGAGCUUAAAAAUUUUUCUAAAAAAUGCUUUCAUAAUUUUAUAAAUGAUUAUUAGCAACGAUUUUCGACUUCAAUUUUAUGAGGAGCUUAGAAAGGAUCAUAUUCUGAUUAUUGUAAAUGCUGAUGUUGAUGCCCUAUGUGCAACUGCUAUUUUGACUCAUUUAUUUUCUUGUGACGAAGUAACUUAUACACUUAUUCCGGUUAAUUCAAUAGAAGGAUUGAAAUCUACAAUUAAAAUACAUGGUAAACAGACAAAAAAUAUUAUUUUGAUGAAUUGUGUUGGGUCAAAUUCUCUGCUUGGUUUUGAACUUCCUUCGAAUGUAAAUUUCUGGAUAAUAGAAUCAAGAAGGCCAAUUCAUUUAGACAAUAUUUUCAAUGUUGAUUCUAUAAAAGUUUUGACAGAAAGUUCAGAAUUGCCUGAAUGGAAUGUCCCUGAUGCUAAUUCUAUUUAUGAACAGGAAGAACAAUCUGGAAGUGAAAGUGGGGAAGAUGAAGAGGAGGAAGGAGAAAAUUUGUUCAGUGAUGGAGAGGAAGGAGAGGAGAAUGGAGGCGUUGAAGAACUUUUAGAAGAAAAUGACCAACAAAGUCAUCAAGAUGAAAGAAAUUCAUCAAUAACUAAAAGACGUGGAAAACGCAAACAAUUGGCUGAUAUAAUCGCUAGUAGAACACUAAAAAGACAACGGCGAACCCAAUGGAAGCGGGCAAGAGGGACGAUUUUGUGGGAAUAUUAUUUGAAGUCUUGGUAUGCUCCACCGAUAUCAGUAUUUAUGCUUGAAUUGGCACAUGAAUUGGGAAAAUCUUCAGCAGAAAUAAUGUGGUGUUCUGCUGUUGGAAUUAGCAGUCAAUUUAUUGAUCAAAUUAUUUGUGUGGAAAAAUAUACUGAUAUUUGUGCAGAUCGAAUGAAACCAUUUAUUUUAAAAUUUGGACCAAGACAAGGUGCUUUGACUGAUCAGAAUAGAAAUCAUUUGACUGUCAGCUUUAAAGAAGAGUUUUGUUUUUUUUAA